AUGCGUCUCGCAGCCCUUGCCAUUGCCUCUCUGGCGAUGCUUGCCUCCGCAAGCCCCAGCGCCCGAGCCAAUGCAGUCUACCCCGAAAAGCGCGCCAUCGACUCCAUCACCAUCACGUUCUACACCGAGACCGGCUCUUGGAGCCAGACCCUCCCCACGGACUUGAGUUCUUUUGAGAUCGACAACCUCACGACAGUAACCAAGAUAUAUAACCCAGGCGGCGCGAUCUGUGGCUUCUCGGGUACUGAAGGUGGAUACUGGACGGUCCAUAUUGGCGAGACGGUAUUGGAGGACCCGCAGCCGUUGAAGUCGGGAUUCUGCGAUGAUCUCUGA